GACGGGGGAGGAGGGGGUGGGCGUCCUCACGGGCCCCGGACGGCUCCAGCCACCCUCUGCCCUCCGCCUUGGUGGGGGUGCUGCUUCUCCCGUGGGACCGAUGGUUUCCCCAAACGCAGCAAACGAAACCUCAGUGUGCGGACUAGAGGGGUGACGCGGGCGCCGCCACCCGCUCCGCCGGGUUUCUGCACCUGCGGCGCUUACUCCCCCCACCCCCACCCCCGCGCGAUGGCACGACUGAGGCCCCCAAGACUCAAAUGAGAGCCGUUGGGAUGCGGUGGGGGUCACAGUGAUGCAGGACGGCGGGGGCCGACGCGUGGGGAAAGGGAGUUCUCACCUGCCUCCAGAGGCGAAAGUGUAUUUUGACAUCCCGCCUGUUUAUACGUAUGUGUCUAGUUAAGGGAUCCAGAAAGUUCCGGGCGAAUGAAGCCGUAUGGAUGAACAGGCACAGGCUUUUGAAUGGGCCUACUUGUGUUUCUGUUUUAAUGCCUAAUAAUGCUUAUUCUUGGAGCCUCAAGGCUACCUGCCAUUGAUCGAUUGACUUUUUUUUUUUCUAUCUUUUUAACGUAAACUGAAGGCGCCAUCGAGCCAGUCCCAGCUAUGGAAGGUAAGCCAUUGGUGAUAUCGAAAGAGAAGACUGCAGUGGUGUGUGGGGUCCCCACCCAGGUGGUCUGUACAGCCUUCAGCACUCACAUCCUGGUGGUGGUGACCCAGUUCGGGAAGAUGGGUACCCUGGUCUCCCUGGAACCCAGCAAUGUGACCAGUGACGUCGGCAAGCCCGUGCUGACCACUAAAGUGCUUCUCGGGCAGGACGAGCCUCUCAUCCAUGUCUUCGCAAAGAAUCUGGUGGCGUUUGUGUCUCAGGAAGCUGGAAACAGAGCAGUCCUUCUCGCCCUAGCCGUAAAGGACAAGAGCAUGGAGGGGGUGACGGCCUUGAAAGAGGAGAUCCGGACAUGCCAGGUGUGGUGACCGCGGAGUAACCACCCCUGCUGUCCAGCAGGGCCACGUGGCAACUCAGACGCCCUCUCAAGGAUUUGAAGACCCUCCCUCAGUCAGAAGGAGUGCCUUUAUCUGGUUUUGGUCCUUGAAGCUGGAAGAAACAUGCACGUCUCGGGCCGACUUUGGUUUGGGGGCUGACGUCACCUGUGGAGGGAGGACGUGGAAUGUGUCCUGGGGCGUUGUAAGCGGUCCUCCCUGGGUCCACACAGUUGCACAUGUUUGAGAAUUGGCGGAACGAGUCAUGGCCCUCAGUGUGCAGACGAAUUGUUGGGGGAAAUUUUUUUUAUUAAAAAUAAAUGUGUAUCCCAAAA